UUUUGCAUGACGCUCUUCGUCUUGCCUAUCAGAGUGAUAACAAGAAGGCCAUCACUUAUACUUAUGAUUUGAUGGCCAACUUAGCAUUUACACGGGGUCAGCUUGAAAAUGUAAGCGGAAAAACUUUUUAAGGCAACAAUGAGUUACCUGCUUGGAGGGGGCAUGCAACAGGAGGAUAAUGCAAUAAUUGAAAUCUCUCUAAAGUUGGCCAGUAUCUAUGCUGCUCAGAAUAGACAGGAAUUUGCUCUUGCUGGCUAUGAAUUCUGCAUUUCAACUCUAGAGGAAAAAAUUGAAAGAGAAAAGGAAUUAGCAGAAGACAUUUUGUCAGUGGAAGAGAAAGCCAAUACCCACCUCCUUCUCGGUAUGUGCUUAGACGCCUACGCUCGCUAUCUUCUGUUCUCCAAGCAGCCAUCGGAGGCACAAAGGAUGUGUGAAAAAGCUUUGCAUAUUUCUGAAGAAAUACUAGGAGAAAGACACCCACAGACCAUCGUGCUGAUGAGUGACCUGGCUACCACCCUGGAUGCACAAGGCCGCUUUGAUGAGGCUUGUGUUUAUGUGCAAAGGGCGUCAGAUCUGGCGAGACAAAUAGAACAUCCUGAGCUCCACAUGCUGCUCAGCAAUCUGGCUGCAAUUCUGAUGCACAAAGAACGAUAUGCACAAGCAAAAGAGAUCUACCAGGAAGCACUGAAGCAAGCAGAGCUGAAAAGAGAUGAGGUUUCUAUACAGCACAUCAGGGAAGAAUUGGCUGAGCUGUCCAGAAAAAGUAGACCUUUGACUUAAUUUUAUCAAGCUCUAAAUCCCUUUUUGUUGUAGGGACUUUCCAGUAACAGCUUAUUAUUCCAGUCUCAGUGGCACCCAAAUCAAUGCUUAAUCCUUUGUCCUUGGUAUUCAAGUUUCCUCAACUUAGCCUCGGUGAAGGACAAGUUAUAUACACUGCCACUUUCGUUUUUUAAAGGAAAAGCGACUUUCACCCGACUGCUUCUGACUUGUAAGGAUGGAUGUCAAGUGAUGUAGCGUAUGUUUAGGGGCUGUCCAAGCUGGUCUAACUAUAGAUUAAGGUGGGCUGGUUUUUCCCUCGGGGGGGUGUGUGGUAAUUCACACAGGCACCUCUACCAGAUGAUUCUGGUCCAUUGAUUUGCUGCCCUCUUUUCUCUUAUUUUAUCAAUAUCUGGCAGACCAGAGCUACCUGUCUCGUGGCAAAGGGGGAUUAUGGUGAGUUAUUUUUCUUAUAAUCUAUUUCAUGAAGCCCAGUGUGGGAUUUAAUCCAUAGAGGAGGAGGAAAAGUAAUAUCUUGUUUUGCCACCAGCAUCCAGCAUGAAGUUUUAAAGUAGGAUUAGGCACUUAAGAAAGUACAGCAUCUAUUUGAUCAUAAAUGAAAGUGAACUGUAUGUUUUUGUAUGUAUCUAGGUAUAUACAACUGUGAAAAAAAGGGGGAAGGGGAAUGGUAUAAUCUCGUCAGUGCACUCCUGAGCACUCCAAUUCCUUUGCAACCUACAUCAUGAACAGUCAUCUAGGAGCUCUUUAAAGAUACAUGCCCAGGCUGUACCCCAAACCUUUUGAUUCAGGGUAGGGCCCUACAAAUGUAUUUAAAGCCUCCCCAGUAAUCCUGUUAUGCACCACAGAUACAGUAGAACACUCACUGGCCUGGAUCCUGGCUUGGCUUUUUGAAUUUGGUUCUCAGUAUCCUUAUCUGUAAUGUUGGGAACAAAUGAGAUUCUUUCUUGGCUGUGGGAAAAGGUAUUUGGUCAGGUGACCUUAAAUGAAUAGACUGCUAUAUUGAAAGAGCUUUAUUUUAUCAUUCUGCCUCAAAGUCUAAAGUGUGUAUUCAAAUGCUCCUUGAACUUAGGAUGGUUCUAUCCUGAUAAACGCAUCGUAUAUUGAACAUACCAUCAAUCAAAAAUGCAUCUAAUACACCUACCUUACUGAACAUCACAGCUUAGCCUAGCUGGUUUCUACUGAAUGCGUAUCACUUUUGCACCAUGAUAAAGUCAAAAAAUUGUAAAUUGAAAAAUUUUUAGGUUGAACCAUUGUAAGUCAGGGACCAUCUGUAAAUACAAGAUCUGUAGGUGAGUGUUUUUAACCUCAGUAGCCUUGCAAAGAGCCAUUUGCCUAGGAGAAAGUAAUUUUUCUAGGUACCAUGAAGGAACACUGUUGUUAUUGGUAUGCCUUUGAGGGUGGGGUGUGAGUGGGAAUGAUAAACUGGUAUUUUUGGUUCCUAUGUACAUAUUGGAAGAACCCUUUCAUAAUAAACUAGAGACUCUACAACAAUA